AUGUUGUCUCAUGAGCCCGGCAAUGACGCUGCUUAUGAAUGGCAAUCACAUGAGACAGAAAGCCAGAGUGCAUAUUUUCUAAUUUCCGAGUUGGACCUCGACGUGCCCCUAAGAACGGGCACAGAGUCGCUUGAUCAGGGAGAAAUCCUUGGAGAUGAAAUAAAACUUGACCGUUUAUAG